AUGACUCUCUAUCAUUUUUGUUCUCAGAUUGAUCUUGGCGGUAUUAUACUCAUCAUGGCUGGGUUUGCAAUGUUGUUGUUACCCUUGAGCGUAGCAGCCGAAACACCCAGCUCACUGGAGGACACCCUGGUGCAAGGAAUUGGCACCGGUGCUAUUGAGACUGUCAUCAUUAUUGCUGCGCAAGUCGCUGUUCCCUACGCCGAAAUGGCUCAAAUCACUUCUACCGAGCACCUGCUCCUUCAAUCUCUAAGACCAAUAACGUGCAACUGCGGCGAAACCGUCUCAGAGGCUAUUGCCAACGGGUGUCGCUACGAUUCGCUCGCUGCAGCCUGGCUAUCUCCGGCCUGUCGUAAUGAUGAGCUGAUCGGCCACUUUGAACAUGCGGGUCCAAAUCCUGACGGUAGCUGGCUAUAUUAUGCGGAUAAGAAUAAAACACAAGUGCUGUCCCUUGAGGAAGUCUCCAUGCUGCCUGAGACAGGGGGUCACUUCUUUACCACCCAUCAAUGGCAUCUUGUUCACUGCGCGUAUUACUGGAAGAAGAUGUUUCUGGCUAUAGAAAAAGGGACAAUCAUUGAGCAUCGGUAUAACAAUCUGGCCCAUUUGGAGCAUUGUGAGAUGAUGUUUUUGAAAAGGGACCCUUUGGACGCUAUUGUGACGGAGGUUGGAGUGUCGCUUCAUUCAGAUGUGAUUGUGAUCGCGCAGAAGCAUGACCAUGGAAAUAAGGCAAGGCUGGUCUAA